AUGGCCGCCGCUACCAGCGCUGCUUCGGCUCAGCAGCCCACCGUCUUCCCCCACAGCCACGUCGGUUUCGACAGCAUCACCUCCCAGAUUGAGCGGAAGCUGUUGAAGCGUGGUUUCCAGUUCAAUGUCAUGUGUGUUGGACAAACUGGCCUGGGUAAAUCCACUCUGGUCAACACCAUCUUCGCAUCCCACCUGAUCGACUCCAAGGGUCGUCUUACCCCCAACGAGCCCGUGCGCUCCACUACCGAGAUCCAGACUGUUUCGCACAUCAUUGAGGAGAACGGUGUCCGCCUCCGCCUGAACAUUGUCGACACACCUGGCUACGGUGACCAGGUCAACAAUGACCGCUGCUGGGACCCCAUUGUCAAGUACAUCAAGGAUCAGCACUCCGCAUACCUUCGCAAGGAGCUCACUGCUCAGCGUGAGCGCUACAUUCAAGAUACCCGUAUCCACUGCUGCUUGUUCUUCAUCCAGCCCUCAGGCCAUGCUCUCAAGCCCAUCGAUAUCGUUGUCCUGAAGAAGCUGUCCGAUGUCGUCAAUGUCGUUCCCGUUAUCGCCAAGGCCGACUCCCUCACCCUCGACGAGCGCCAGGCUUUCAAGGAGCGUAUCAAGGAGGAGUUCGCUUUCCACAACCUGAAGAUGUACCCCUACGAUAACGACGAGCUGGACGAUGAGGAGCGUGCCAUCAACGCUCAGAUUAAGGACAUUAUCCCCUUCUCCGUCGUCGGCAGUGAGAAGACCAUCGUUGUCAACGGCAAGCAGGUUCGCGGCCGCCAGAACCGCUGGGGUGUCAUCAACGUCGAGGACGAGACCCACUGCGAGUUCGUCUACCUGCGCAACUUCCUGACCCGCACCCACCUCCAGGAUCUGGUCGAGACUACCAGCCAAAUCCACUACGAGACCUUCCGUGCUAAGCAGCUGUUGGCUCUGAAGGAGAGCAGCGCCGCCGGUGGCCACUCUGGUGGCAGCCGGCCCAUCAGCCCCUCUGCGGACCGCGAGCUCAGCCGCAACUCCCAACGGGCGGCCAUGAACGGCUACUAA